CGCGGUACAAAAGAGUUUUGAGGUUAUUUCUUAUCAAUAGCGUCUUUUUUAUUUAGUAUAAAAUUAUGGCUUUUUAUAAAUAAAAAGUGUAUUUUGCAGUGUUAUAUCAAGGAGAUCCGUUCGGUAUCUUCAGUAAUCGUGGCAUACCCUGGAAUAAACUAAAACCGAGUACCUAUUCAUACUUUCAUCGCCGAUUAGAUAUUAAAAAUGGGUAAAAAAGUGAGAGAAUAUAAAUCCGGUGACUUUAUAUUCGCUAAAGUAAAAGGCUAUCCUGCAUGGCCUGCACGGGUUCAAAGACCAAAUGGAAAAAAAUAUUUUGUGUAUUUCUAUGGUACAGGAGAAACAGCAAACCUGGCACCCACCAUGAUAUUUGACUAUGCAGAGAACAAAGAAAAGUUUCUGACUAAGACAGUAAAGAGGCGUGACUUUAAUGAUGGAGUGAAGCAGAUCGAGCAUGAUUUUGCCAAUAAUGUUCCCUUGGAGGAAGUUGUUGGACUCCCUGUAGCAGCACCAGAAGAAACUAGUGCUAACAACACACUGAAUGAUUCUGCUAAUGAAACAGCAGAUGACACCAUGGCUAUGGACACUACAGUGGAUGAGACACUUCCUGAAGAGAACACAACACAAAAUGCUGUUGAGGACUCUGAUGACACUGGUGCUUUGGUUAUUGAUGAAGGAAAGCAAAAGGCUCGUAAGUCAGUUGCCAAAACACCAGCCAAGGAGCUUAAAGCCAAGGAACCCAAAACGCCACGAGGUAAGGCCAAGAAAGACGACGGAGAGGAGGCUAAAGAAGAUGAGAAGAAGGAUGAGGAAAUUGUCAGCAGGAGUGGAAGAAAGAUUCGACCCAAGCGAUAUUUAGACGAACAUACAGAGGAUAAUACGACCCUCCCCUCGCCAGCUCCAAAGAAAAAACGGGCCGGUUCUCCUGCACCAGAAAAAGAAAAGAAAGAAGUCAAAGAAACUCAAGAUAAGAACAUGAAGCUGUAUAAUACCAUACCUCAGUCGGAACUAGAGGACUUGAAAGAGCCAUAUGCACAAGACACAGAGAGAGAGAAUAUUCUAAUCGCGUAUCUGCCGUCGGGCGAGUAUGUAGGCGUCAAGUUGUUCCAGUCGAGACCAACCAGUUUCAAGAAUGAGGCAGCUAGGCUACAGUGGGACAAGCAAGCCGCCGCCAACGCUAUUACCUUGAAGACGCAACUUGAGCGCGGUCAAAUUUCGUAUCACUCGAUAUUAUCACAGCUAGUGAUGGAUCUUAAUCUAUCAGAUGAAGAGAAAGCUACACUAGACAAGGAGAGGGAGACAGAAGAAAAGAAGUCACGUGUACAGUUCUUGAAGACAGAGAUGAAACUCAUUGAGUUGGACGCAAAGAUAAAAACUUGCUUGUGUCUGGAGAAAGCUGACACUGAACUGUGUUUGAAGUUGCUAGAUGAGCUGAUGGAUUUGGACGUGAAACCGCUGAUGCUGUUGAAGCAUCCAUCGUGCUUGGAGACUAUCAAGCGUAUGCGAGCGUACGUCGGCAACACGCCAUCUUGGGAUCUUAGCGAGAGCGCAGUGUUGCUCUUCAGCCAGCACGCCCAUCGCAUUAGGCGCCAGGCCGACACCCUGUAUACUAGGACAAAGGGUCUGUUCACUGUACCAGAAGGCCUAUCAUUCUGGGAAUACUUCACUGAGAGGGUGGCACACUUUAAAAAAGUGACUGCAAAGUUAUCUUCCGAUGAACUACUUGAGAUGGUCCAUGAACCAUUAGAAAUGUCUACACCUGCAGCUUAUAAUAUGAAAGCUGCAAUAGAUGCAGCUAAUGAAGAGGAAAGUAUUGAAGAUGAUUCUAAGAAAAAGGCACCAGGCAAGGGGAAAAAGGCGAAUAACACACCAGCUAAAACUCCGGCUAAACGACAAAAGAAACAGGAAGAAAAUAAAAAGUCUGAUGAUAAAGAAGAAGUGUCAGAUGAAGUUCCAGACUCGGCUGAAAUUAAUGAUAAAGAAGAUUCUAGCAUAGAAAAGGAAAAAGAUUCAGAUGCAGCAAAAGAAUCAGAAGACAAUGAAGUGACGAAAGAAAACACAGACAAAAAAUCACAAAAUUCUGAAGAAAAAGAUGCAAAAAAAGAAGCAAAGGAAAAAAAGAGUAAAAAUUCAGAUGACAAAGAACAAUCAAAAUAUAGUGAUAAAAAAAGACUUAGUACAGACAACGCAGAAUCAAAGAAAGACCAAUCAAAUCAGAAAAGGAAUAGUAUAGAUGAGAAAUCAAAAAAUAAUAAAUCAGAAAGUUCGGAAGAAAAGAAUGAAUCAAAUACUAAAGAUGACGAGAAGGGUGCAAAUGAUACAGACAAAACUGUUAAUAGGAAAGAAAGUACAGAACAAACAGACAAUAAUGUUGAGGACAAAGACGAUAAAGUGAAAGAUAAAGAAGACGAGCCGAAAGCUAAGAGAUCGAGAGAGAGUAAGAAGACUGAACCUCCCCCACCAAGAUCACCGACAAAAAGGAAGUCUAAAGCUUAACUGUCAUAUUCAUACAACUGGGCUGUCUAAAUUCUACAUGUAUGGAGAGCUUGUCAUCAGCGGGCUGCAGAAAAUUGUUUCUUUAAAGUUUUUCAAGGUUACAUAAGUAUUUUGACAUUUACAGCAUAAAGUAUGUUGGAUAGGAAAUCAGAACAGGCAUUGCCAUUAAUUCAAGUACACAGUAAGCACACAAAUGAUGCACACCAGUACUGUUGCGUCCAUAAUACAUAUAAUAUUAUAAUCCAGUACAUUUAAAUUUCCUUUCACUAUUUAGAUAAUAGUGUUGUAGUUUUUAAACAUCAAGUUGCAAUAUCAUUUUUAUAUAUAUUCAUAUUUUUAUAUCAUGAAUCGUAAUGUAGACUAAUGUUUAGUACUCAAAAAUCCUCAGAGGCUCAAUUGCAACUCAGGUGUGUAAGAGUAGGCUCCUUUUUUAUAAACUGAUUAAUUAAUUAAAAAAAAAACGUUUCCCAUAGAUGAAAUAUAGAGCCAAUUUUUGUAAAUAUCAUAAAGUAAUCAUUAGAAAAUUGUCGGUUGUGACUUGGCAAAUACCUGUUGUAUACAUGCACACUAUAGCUGCUAUCGCAUGCAAAAAUACUCACAGUUUUCUAUUCAUUUAGGCGCAUUUAAAAAGUUCGUCACGAAUAGUCUGUCGUCUGCGCUGCGUCUUAGUUUGUAAAUGUCAUUUUAAUUUUUUUUACAAUAGUCAACAUACAGUUUGUAUACUUAUAUACGAAAACUGAGUUUCAUUAGUAUGAGCAUCAUAAUUAUUUUUAUUGCUGCAUCAACUUUGAGAAAUAUUGAUGUUAGUUAUAUUAAAAUAAUAUACCUAUUUGAAUUGUUUUGUAUUCCCCCUGAUGUUGUAGUUUAUGGUAUGUUUAAUUGAAUACAAUGUUUACAAUUUACAUCUAGAAUAAUUACAUUUAACUCUUUUUACAGUUAUCUGUAACAAAGGGAUAGAGCAACAAGUGUAAUGGCCUGUUUCACCACUUUCUGAUAAAGUGCCUAAUAGGCUAUUCACAA